GGAAGCCGUAACCGACCAGCGGUUACGUGAACCACCCAACGACGGCGAGGAGUGACGUACGGCGAGGAGUCCGUACACCGUGGGAUGCCAUACUGCCAUAUGAUUAAGCCAAGCCGUCUGAGCAUCUUUAUUCCCCCUCGCGGGAGAUAUGAAAAUCUCAUCCCAGGAGCCAAACUUCUUCGUUCCGAUUACAGCUCCUUCUUUAUGUUUUCCUGUCUUUGUGCUGUUGUGCCUACUUUCUGACUUUGUUUUUGUUCCAGUGUUGUCUUUAUUAUCUUGUUCUUUGCUUUUGUAUUAUAUGUAGGCCUAUUUGGGUCAAUUCCUGUUAGAUCCCCGAUUAACAAACUUUACACAUCGUUUUGACUCUUCUUCCAUAAUCCAGGUAAGAGUGUAAACUUUGGUAAGAUGUCUGAAAAACGCAAGUUUGCUGUCAAUAAGUCGAUACAAAAGGGGAAAAAAGCAAAAUAUUGUGGUGGUGGGGGAUAUUCAAAACUUGAGGCAGGAAUGAAAGGAGUUCUCAUAUCUCAUGAUCGUAAUAAAGAGAAGUUUUGCAGACUCGAUUCUUUUAGAUUGCUGAAUCAUUUUGCGGACAAGUAUUUUGGACCUGAAAAGUUGAACAAGGAGAGUGAAAAUGCAGAUGAUGGUGCUGAAAGCAAAUCGGAAGAUGAAGAUAUUGCCAGCAUUUUAUCUAAUGAAGUGAAUGAGAUUAAAUCCAUUGCUAAAGGAAACUCUUCGGAACAAAGGCGUUUUACAGCAGUCAAAAGUGGAUGUAAUAACCUGAUUUUUAUUCGAUUUCAUAAAGAUAUUAGUCCCGGACCUUUUCUGAGUAGAGUUGUGAAAACAAUUCAUCAAAACGAUAACAACGCUGACAACAGUUUACCUGCAAUAAGGAAUGUAUUGAGGAUGCAUCCAAUAGACUUUUCCUGUUCUGCAUAUCUUGACAGUAUGUGUAAGAAUAUCCCUACCUUCCUAGAAAAUAAGUUUGAGGAUGAAAGUUUCCAAGAUGUUAUGAAAAAAGAAUUUACUAUUGAGUAUAAGUGUCGAAAUAAUAGUCACUUAUCUCGCAAGGAAGUUCUUGAUGGACUUUAUGAAAAAAUGCGGGAUUCGGAAUGUGGUUGGAAAUAUAACUGCAGAUCUCAAUCAGUGUCAGUUAUUAUCGACGUUCUGAAGACUGUAUGUUUGGUUUCUGUUGUAAAAAAUUAUUAUUUUUACAAAAAGUAUAAUAUUAGGGAACUACUGUGUUCUAAUGUGAUAUCAAAAAUUCACGGAAAAGAAGAAUCUACUACUUCUGUGGAAUCCAGUGUAACUGCUGAUGAUAUAAGUCACAAAGCGAAUGGGGAUGGAAACAAGAAAUGUAUGAAGAUCAAAAAUGAUGACCUUGUUGAAUUAGUUGGGCAAAAUGAUUUAAUUGUAAAAAAUCCAUCAUGUGCUGUUCAUGAAGAUGAAAAAGUUGAAUCAGAAAUUGAAAAUUCCAACUUGCAGCCAAGUGUAGAACAAGUCAAUAUUACUAAUGAAAAUAACAAACUCCCACAAUGACCUAUUCGACAUUUGAAACAUUUUUUUAUUUUUGAAAUAAUAUUGCUCAGAAAACUGUUUCAAUUUUUUGUGGUCAUUGCAAGCGCUGGCAGAAAAAGGCUAGGUCGAAUGGGAGUACUUGGAAUCUUGAUUAACUUUGCGAAAAUUUUCGAUUUGCUUUGUCUUAAACAUAUUUCAUGUAUUACCAAUAAUUAACUCUUAUCCUUUACCUACCACUGUAGUUUGUUGAGUUUAUUUCACUUACAAAUACUUUCUUUUGUGAGAAAUUGCUCUCAAAACAGAAGCAAUGUUUAUAAUAUACUUUGCUUAUCAUUACAGUACAAAUCAUGAUGAGAGAAUAAGUCUUGUUUUAACUUCUCUUUUUGAUCCAG